AUGGUUAUUAAUUAUUUUGGCUACCGGGACGAUCCUAGAUUGCAAGCUCCAAGCUAUCCCAGUCACUGUCUCCAUUUUUUAAGACAGCUUGGAAGAGGCUCUUCUCCCGAACCUGCUCCAGCAUCUGCCUGGAACCCGUUAGACAUUCAUAUUGUCGGUGCUGGCAUCGCGGGUCUUGCAGCUGCAAUCUCCUUAGCGCGCCAGAAGCAUUCAGUCACAGUUCAUGAACAGGCUCAUGAGCUUCCUGAUGACGACACUGGCAUUCAGCUUCCCCCAAAUGCUGCACGUCUGUUACUUAAGAUGGGACUAGGCUCCUAUUUGGAAAAAUAUGUUACUGAGCAGGAGAAUGUCUUCCUUCGUCGCUGGAAGGACGGAAAUGUGAUUGGACGCACAAAACUUGGCUACGAUUUCCGUCAGAAGUUCGAGGCUCCAUACUGGGUUAUCCACCGUUCUCACUUCCAUCAGGCUAUGCAGGACAUGGCUGGUGAUUUGGGUGUAGUGAUUGAGAUGGAUUCUAAAGUGGUCUCGUACAAUACUGAAGCACCCAACCUCACGUUAGCAAAUGGAAACGUUAUAAAGGCAGACCUUAUUAUUGCGGCAGAUGGUGUCAACUCUUCGGCGAGGAAACUCGUUCCCAAGGCUUUAGAGUCUACUCCUCGCGUAACUGGAUUCGCCUCCUAUCGUGCUGAGAUUAACAUGGAGCGCAUGAAGGAAGAUCCAGAGCUAGCUGAGUUACUGGAAAGGUCAUCCUUGAACCUCUGGCUAGGAGAUAAUCGGCAUGUCCAAACCUAUAAGAUUGACUCUGGAAAGACUUUUAUUAUGGUUAUGUGCUACCCUGAUAACGAUGCUGGCAUGGAGUACGGUGAAGUUGACCCAACUAGCGCACUGCUUCACAUGCGCGAGGAGUUUAAGGAUUGGGAUCCAGUAUUGACCAAGAUCAUCAACAUGGUCGAGCAUACCCAAAAGUGGCCCAUGUACAGCGGUUCUCGUCUCAAACGUUGGGUUUCUGGCAAGUUCCUCGUCCUUGGAGAUGCUGCUCACACAAUGCUUCCUUAUAUGUCACAAGGACCCGCAAUUGCUGUCGAAGAUGCCGUCGCUCUCGCCCACAGUCUUGGCAGGAUCACCGCAAAGUCACAAAUCUCAUUGGCUCUAUCAGUUUUUGAAAAGGUUCGGGUUGAACGUGCAAACCAAAUGCAGGAAGCAAGCCUUCUUAACGGCAAGAUUUGGCACUUCCCCGAUGGCCCACUUCAAAAGGCCCGGGAUCUUGCUAUGAUGCCAGAGGUUAAGGGACAGCCCUUCUCUCAUAGUCCUAACCAGUGGAGUGACCCAACUACACAGAUGUGGGCCUACGGCUACAACACCGAAAGAGAGAUUGACCUUGAAUGGUCAAGAUACCGUGUUUAA